GAAUCAUGCUAUCGCACGCUAUCGAUGUUGAAAGGUCGAGAAGUUAGUGUUGAGUUUUGUGCAAAGAUGAAUCGACAGAAUAGAUUUGCUUCAAGUCAAGAACAAGUGAGACGACAGCCAACUAUCAGAAACAUAGCUCUCCAAGCUAACGGUGGUCGUAUGCUCUCAGAUGGGAAUAGUGUCAGCAUGCAUAUGCGUCAAGUUGCAGUGGAAGACGCUCGUCGCAAAAUGGAAAUGAAAUACAAGAAGGAGGCAGAAGAAGCUGCUGAAAAAAAGAAGGAGAGAGAACAGAAGAAACGUGAAGCAUGGCUAGCUAGACAAGAAGCUCUUGUUAGGCCUGGCCGUGUUCUGGGAACAGGAAGAACAGCAGAACAGAACCUGCUACACGAUUAUGUGGAGAAUCAACAAGAUAUGAAUGAAACAGAACAGAGUUGGCUAGAGCAGCAAUAUAAUGCUCCUGUUCAGCAAAGAAUUCAGAGAGAUAAGGAGGCAGUCCAGUCGUUGCAGAGGAGGCAAGAACAAAGCAAAGGAAUGAAACUGACAGGACAGAGAGAUGUGAGACCUGAGACUGUGGCAAGAUCUGCUGCACUGGGCAACACCAGCAGAUACAGUCUUCCUAAUCGAACCAGUGACUAUUUUCUGGGAACUGGCUAUUCUGCUACACAGGCCAGCUCAAAUAGUAAUGGACGUGCUAACCGAGGGACUGUUCCAAACACUAACCAUGUUUUUGUGGCUGGGAGCACAGCAGUAUCAGCAAGAUCAGAUAGCUGUGGAUUUGCUGUACAAUCAGCUGUUGCAAAAAGUGGCCAUGUUUUGGGAGGAGGGAAUACUGCAGCAUUACCCAGGUCAGAUAACUGUGUGAGAGAUGUACAAGCCCGUCAAAGAAGAGAAAUGUUAGCAUCACGCAGGAGGCUUCAAGAACAGUACAAUGUCCAGGUUAGACAAGCUGCUGAGGCCAAAAAGCAAGAAGAGGAAGACAUUGUGGAAAAGCUCAAACACACAUCCCUCAAGUAAUGUUGCUUACAUAGAAAUCUGUUUCUCAGUUUCACGAAGAAUAUUGUUCAACAUUUACUUAUAAGACACACAUGGUAUAAGGUUCUUCAUUUCUGGGCACAUAUGGCUCGCAGUGUCACUGCUUAUUACAGAUAAUCGUUCCCCAUUCUUAAAAUGAACAAUUAAAAAACUAACCAUUUAUUUCUAAGUGCUGCUGAUAACUAACUACAAAACAUCACACUUUCUGUGUUUAUGUAUGCAACAGCCUACAGGAAUGCAUUUAGGCGAAGCUCUUGCCGAGACCUUUUAAUAUAAUUUAAUUUAAGCCAAAACUGUAAUUCACAGAUCACUUUACUUGAUGACACUGAAUUUGUUAAUGUCUUCAUUAUAGAGUAUGGUGCAUAAAUUAUAGUUUCUGGAUCCUACUAAUAGCAGUGAUGAGGGCUUCAUGGUGAGAUACAUGAGUCACUCUUCAUUUUAAUUGCUGCUUUCUGUGAGAUGAACAGAAUGCAUGGAAACUUCGAUUUUGUGCUCUUAAGUUUUAUAUUCUGCCUAAUCUUAUAACACUUUUUUCAUUUGGUCUUUGACAAAUGCACAUAAGAACUAUGUUAUUUAACCAGUUUUACAGUUUUCCAGAAUUUUCAUUUCAUUUUUGCAUGGAAAUUAACUCAGUUUUGUUUAUAAAGUGUGUGAUGAUGGUACAUUAGUACAAGUAUUAUGUUUCUGGACAUUAUCAAUCAGCCUGUUUUUAUCUAAAAUACU